AUGAAGACCAGUCCGUUUUAUGCCGCACCUUCCCAGCAUCUCUUGCGGUGUCCUUUCACUGCCUGCUCAUUUCUUUCUCCCUUUACAGGCUUCGAGAAGAUGGCUAACCUGUGUACAGUCUUCAUUGUGUCCCCACUCUCAUCAUUCGCAAGCUUCAGUCCGCGUUACAACCAGGCUUCCGCCUUUCGAGGGCCGCAGAAUCAAGCUGUCUCCAAGCGACCACGGAGGCCCGUAAAAGCUGCAUUCACAAGAUGUUCGCAUGCCUCGGCAAUUCCUCCAGCACCCUCCAAAAGAAAUGCUCCGACCGGGUCGCCGCUGCACUCGCUAGAGACUGGCACAUGGUUUAAGCUAAUAUGCGGCGCAAGCUCGCACGAUGCCCCGUCAAUUCGAAACCUCUGUGCUGUCUACACGGCAGUGGGCGUAGACUGUAUUGACGUUGCCUGCGACCUUGCAAUAGUUCGAGCUGCGCGCAAAGGUAUUGCAGAAGGUAUUAUGCGCCGUCAGUCGUCACAUUCCCCUUUCCUGAUGGUGUCUGUCAAUGCCGGUACAGACCCACAUUUCCGCAAGGCGAGUUUCGCGCCAUCCGCAUGUCCACCAGAGUGUCGGAGACCCUGUGAGAAAGUUUGCCCAGCCGAUGCGAUAGAUCUGUCGGGGGUUAUAAUUGAUCUAUGCUACGGCUGUGGGCGCUGCGUUCCUGUUUGCCCCCCGGACAUUAUUCGCACGCUAGAGUAUCAACAUGAUCCACGCUUCGUCUCUGCUGUGCUGGAGGACGUGGAUGCAGUUGAGAUUCAUGUUGGACGUGGCCAAGAGGCGGAAUUCCGUGAGUUGUGGAUGCAAAUUGGAGAUGUGGCAUCUAGACUCAAGGUCGUAGCAGUAUCAUUGCCAGACCUCGGGGGUGAUGCAGCUUUGGCAGCUGGGUUGCAAUCGAUGUGGGACGUGAUGAAGACACACGUGUCCGACACAGGAAAUGGACCACGUUUAAUUUGGCAAGCCGAUGGGAGACCAAUGAGUGGGGAUAUAGGGCGGGGAACUGCCAAGGCAGCUGUCUUCUUGGGAAAGAGAGUUCGUGAAGCUUUGAACGUUGCUAGAAUCCCAGGAGAAGUGCAGCUCGCGGGCGGUACGAACGACGCAACCGUUCCUCUAAUGCAAGCAAAUGGACUGAGACGGGUUGGUCAUGCUACGACUAGUGAAAGCUUUGGUGGAAUUGCUGUGGGUGGGUAUGCUCGAAAGAUUCAGCAAGAAGCUUUGAAAGAUGUCUGUGGGUCUGACGGAAACUUGAGCUCGCAGGAUUUUGAAAAAGCAUACCAAGCUGCAAAGACGCUUGUUGAUGGAAUUAAAGCGUAGCAAGCGCAAGCUCUAAUAAGAUGAAGCUCCUCCCCGCACUAUGUUGCGGCACUCGGGAAGUGUGAGGAAAAGCUUCGCUGCCGCUCUUGGGAGAAUUUUAUUGAGCUGGUUGCAUUGAAUAUAAGUCAUCUGUCUGAAGUGAAAGAGGUGUCGCGCAGAUUGCCCCCGAGCCAAAUUUAUUUCCCCUUUUUUAAAGGUGUUGAUCCUCUAAUUAGCUUUUCAAUCGUUUGGCUGGAAACAAAAAGUUCGGCAUGCACUCGUACUUAUGCCGCACCCGACACAGUUGUCGCGGGUUGCCUGAUGUUUACCUUGUUCUCCCUACCGCCGUCGCGCGCUUGUGACUGAAUGGUGGCCGCAUUCUCUGGAAUAUCCUGAAUGCGG